GCGGAGGAACGGCCUGGACUGGCUGCGGAAGGGGAGGGGGGGGGAGGAGGCGAUUGGAUGCGGCGGCGGCGGCGGCGGCGGCGGCGGCGAGGGCGGCGGAUCCCGGAGAGCGGCGGAGCGCGGGGAGUGUAGGAGCCGGGCAGCCGGAGGGGUACAGACAUUUCCAUCAUGGCUCAUUCAAAGACAAGGACCAACGAUGGGAAGAUUACUUACCCUCCUGGUGUCAAGGAAAUCUCAGAUAAAAUCUCUAAAGAGGAGAUGGUGAGGCGCUUAAAGAUGGUUGUAAAAACUUUCAUGGACAUGGAUCAGGACUCUGAAGAAGAAAAGGAACUUUACCUGAACCUAGCUUUACAUCUUGCUUCCGACUUUUUCCUCAAGCACCCUGAUAAAGAUGUUCGUUUACUGGUAGCUUGCUGCCUUGCUGAUAUUUUCAGGAUUUAUGCUCCUGAGGCUCCUUACACAUCUCCUGAUAAACUAAAGGAUAUAUUUAUGUUUAUAACAAGACAAUUAAAGGGACUAGAAGAUACAAAGAGCCCUCAAUUCAAUAGGUAUUUUUAUUUACUUGAGAACAUUGCAUGGGUUAAGUCAUAUAACAUAUGCUUUGAGUUAGAAGAUAGCAAUGAAAUCUUUACUCAACUCUACAGAACAUUAUUCUCAGUUAUAAACAAUGGCCACAAUCAGAAAGUGCAUAUGCAUAUGGUGGAUCUCAUGAGCUCUAUCAUUUGUGAAGGCGACACAGUGUCUCAGGAGCUCUUAGAUACGGUUUUGGUAAAUCUGGUACCUGCCCAUAAGAACUUAAACAAGCAAGCGUAUGACUUGGCAAAGGCUUUGUUGAAGAGGACUGCUCAAGCUAUUGAACCAUAUAUUACCAAUUUUUUUAACCAGGUUCUGAUGCUUGGGAAAACAUCUAUCAGUGAUUUGUCUGAGCAUGUCUUUGAUUUGAUUUUGGAACUCUACAACAUCGACAGCCACUUGCUGCUCUCUGUUCUACCCCAGCUUGAGUUUAAAUUAAAGAGCAAUGAUAAUGAAGAACGCCUCCAGGUUGUUAAACUACUGGCAAAAAUGUUUGGGGCAAAGGAUUCAGAGCUGGCUUCGCAAAAUAAACCACUUUGGCAGUGCUACUUGGGCAGGUUUAACGAUAUCCAUGUACCCAUACGCCUGGAAUGUGUGAAAUUUGCUAGCCACUGUCUCAUGAACCAUCCUGAUUUAGCAAAGGAUUUAACAGAGUAUCUUAAAGUGAGAUCACAUGACCCUGAGGAAGCUAUUAGACAUGAUGUUAUUGUGUCUAUAGUAACAGCUGCUAAAAAGGAUAUUCUUCUUGUCAAUGAUCACUUACUUAAUUUUGUGAGAGAGCGAACACUUGACAAACGGUGGAGAGUACGCAAAGAAGCCAUGAUGGGACUUGCCCAGAUUUAUAAGAAAUAUGCUUUACAGUCAGCAGCUGGCAAAGAUGCUGCAAAACAGAUAUCUUGGGUCAAGGACAAGCUGCUCCAUAUAUACUAUCAGAACAGCAUCGAUGACCGGUUACUUGUUGAACGGAUCUUUGCUCAGUACAUGGUCCCUCACAACUUGGAAACCACGGAACGGAUGAAGUGCUUGUAUUACUUGUAUGCUACACUGGACUUGAAUGCUGUGAAAGCAUUAAACGAAAUGUGGAAAUGUCAAAAUUUACUCCGUCAUCAAGUGAAGGAUUUGCUUGAUUUAAUUAAACAACCCAAAACAGAUGCCAGUGUGAAGGCCAUAUUUUCUAAAGUGAUGGUUAUUACAAGAAAUUUGCCAGAUCCUGGUAAGGCACAGGAUUUCAUGAAGAAAUUUACACAAGUGUUGGAAGAUGAUGAGAAAAUACGGAAACAGCUGGAAAUCCUUGUUAGCCCCACAUGCUCCUGCAAGCAGGCUGAAGGCUGUGUGCGUGAAAUAACUAAAAAGUUGGGGAACCCUAAACAGCCUACAAAUCCUUUCUUGGAGAUGAUCAAAUUUCUCUUGGAGAGGAUAGCGCCAGUACACAUAGAUACCGAGUCCAUCAGUGCUCUUAUAAAGCAAGUGAAUAAGUCAAUAGAUGGGACUGCCGAUGAUGAAGAUGAGGGUGUUCCAACGGAUCAAGCUAUCAGGGCAGGCCUUGAGCUGUUGAAGGUACUCUCUUUUACACAUCCCAUCUCAUUUCAUUCUGCUGAAACAUUUGAAUCCCUUCUGGCUUGUCUGAAAAUGGAUGAUGAAAAGGUGGCAGAAGCUGCCCUACAGAUUUUCAAAAACACAGGGAACAAAAUUGAAGAGGAUUUCCCACACAUCAGAUCAGCCUUACUUCCUGUAUUGCAUCACAAAUCCAAAAAAGGACCACCUCGUCAGGCCAAAUAUGCCAUCCAUUGCAUUCAUGCCAUAUUUUCUAGUAAAGAGACCCAGUUUGCACAGAUAUUUGAGCCUCUUCAUAAGAGCCUAGAUCCAAGCAACCUGGAACAUCUUAUAACCCCACUAGUCACUAUUGGUCAUAUUGCUCUUCUCGCACCUGAUCAGUUUGCUGCUCCUCUGAAGUCUUUGGUAGCAACUUUUAUUGUGAAGGACCUUCUCAUGAAUGACCGGCUUCCAGCAAAAAAGACAACUAAGCUUUGGGUUCCAGAUGAAGAAGUCUCUCCUGAAACAAUGGUCAAAAUUCAGGCUAUUAAAAUGAUGGUUCGAUGGCUACUUGGAAUGAAAAAUAAUCACAGUAAAUCAGGAACUUCUACCCUCAGAUUACUAACAACCAUAUUGCAUAGUGAUGGAGAUUUGACAGAACAGGGAAAAAUUAGUAAACCAGAUAUGUCUCGCCUGAGACUUGCUGCUGGGAGUGCUAUUGUGAAACUGGCACAGGAGCCCUGUUACCAUGAGAUCAUCACGUUGGAGCAGUACCAGCUGUGUGCACUAGCCAUCAAUGAUGAGUGCUAUCAAGUCAGGCAGGUGUUUGCUCAGAAACUCCAUAAAGGGCUUUCCCGAUUACGACUUCCACUUGAGUAUAUGGCCAUCUGUGCACUUUGUGCCAAAGACCCUGUGAAGGAGAGAAGAGCUCAUGCUAGACAGUGCCUGGUGAAGAAUAUCACUGUGAGGCGGGAGUAUCUGAAACAACAUGCAGCUGUUAGUGAAAAGUUAUUGUCUCUUCUACCAGAGUAUGUUGUUCCAUAUACAAUUCACCUUUUGGCACAUGACCCUGAUUAUGUUAAAGUACAGGACAUCGAGCAACUUAAAGAUGUGAAAGAAUGUCUUUGGUUUGUUCUGGAGAUAUUGAUGGCUAAAAAUGAAAACAACAGCCAUGCAUUUAUCAGAAAGAUGGUAGAAAAUAUUAAACAGACAAAAGAUGCUCAAGGACCAGAUGAUACAAAAAUGAAUGAAAAAUUGUACACUGUUUGUGAUGUUGCCAUGAACAUCAUCAUGUCGAAGAGCACCACAUACAGUUUGGAGUCCCCUAAAGACCCAGUGCUACCAGCUCGGUUUUUCACCCAGCCAGACAAGAAUUUCAGUAACACCAAAAAUUACCUGCCUCCAGAAAUGAAAUCAUUUUUUACUCCUGGAAAACCUAAAACAGCCAACGUUCUAGGAGCAGUUAAUAAGCCGCUUUCAUCAGCAGGCAAACAGUCUCAGACCAAAUCAUCAAGAAUGGAAACUGUGAGCAACGCAAGCAGUAGCUCAAAUCCAAGCUCUCCUGGAAGAAUAAAAGGGAGGCUUGAUAGCUCUGAAAUGGAUCACAGUGAAAAUGAAGAUUAUACAAUCUCUUCACCUUUGCCAGGAAAAAAAAGUGACAAGAGAGACGACUCUGAUCUUUCUGAGUUGGAGAAGCCUAGAAGUCGGAAAAAAGCAGCUGUCACAGACCAAGAAGAGAAAUUAGGUAUGGAUGACCUGACUAAGUUGGUACAGGAACAGAAACCUAAAGGCAGUCAGCGGAGUCGGAAAAGAGGCCGUGCAGCUUCAGAGUCAGAUGAGCAACAGUGGCCAGAGGAAAAGAGGCACAAAGAAGAGCUCCUUGAAAAUGAGGAUGAACAGAACAGCCCACCCAAAAAGGGCAAAAGAGGCAGGCCGCCAAAACCGCUUGGUGGAGGGACAUCAAAGGAAGAGCCAACAAUGAAAACAUCCAAAAAAGGAAGCAAGAAAAAACCUGUACCUCCUGUAGUAGAUGAUGAUGAAGAAGAAGAAAGACAAAUUGGAAUCACAGAACAGAAGUCAAAAAGCAAACAGCACCGAACAUCAAAGAGAGCACAACAGAGCAGAGCAGAGUCUCCUGAAACUAGUGCAGUUGAAUCCACACAGUCCACACCACAGAAAGGACGAGGAAGACCAUCAAAAACGCCAUCACCAUCACAACCUAAAAAAAAUGUCCGUAUAGGACGCUCCAAACAGACAGCUACUAAAGAAAAUGAUUCGACUGAAGAAAUGGACAUGCUUCAGGCCAGCUCUCCUGUCAGUGAUGACACUGCACAGGAAGGGGCAGAAGAGGAGGACAUUUCUGCAGGAAACGUACGACGGAGAAGUUCCAAACGAGAGAGACGAUGAACACGCCAUUAACUUGCAUUGUGAAAGCUUUUGGGGGGG